CACAACGAACAGCGCCCCCUGGGCACAACACACGCACACGUGCCUUCCUCUCCUCCUGCCAUUCACACACGCCAAAAUCGAAGAAGCAAAAAAACCCAGGGUUCGACACACUCGCAUCCGCCAACCACACAGCAACCAUGAUGUACAAGGAGCUUAUCCAGUCCAUGCAGCAGCGCCGCGCAGUUGCCGCUGCCCCCGCUGAGGAGGCCAAGUGGGAUGCCCGCAUGGACCACCCCGUGCCCCACACCAACGAGUACUACAUGAAGUGCAUGAUCGGCGGCAUUCUCAGCUGCGGUCUCACCCACACGGCCAUCACCCCGCUCGAUGUGACCAAGUGCAACAUGCAGGUCAACCCCCAGAAGUACCCCAGCCUCUUUGGUGGCAUGCGUACCAUCAUGGCCGAGGAGGGUGCCGGCGCCCUGAUCAAGGGCUGGGCUCCCACCCUCAUUGGUUACUCCAUGCAGGGCUUCUGCAAGUUUGGCUUCUACGAGAUUUUCAAGGAUCUGUACGCCAACAUGGUCGGCAAGGAGGCCGCCGAGGAGUACCGCGGCCUGCUCUGGCUCGGUGCCUCCGCCUCUGCCGAGUUCUUCGCCGACAUUGCCCUCUGCCCCAUGGAGAUGGUCAAGGUCAAGGUCCAGACCUCCCCCGCCGGCACCUUCCCCACUGGCCUCGUCGCCGCCACCUCCCAGAUGUCCAAGCAGUCUGCUGAGACGCGCUUCCCCUUUGGCUCCCUCAUCCCUCUCUGGUCCCGUCAGAUCCCUUACACCAUGGCCAAGUUCUUCUUCUUCGAGAAGGUCGUGUCCGUCUUCUACACACACGUCUACACACAGCCCCGCGAGUCCUACAGCAAGGCCACCCAGCUCCAGGUUACCUUCAUGUCCGGUUACAUUGCCGGUGUCAUCUGCGCCAUCGUCUCCCACCCUGCCGACACCAUGGUCUCGCUCCUUGGCAAGGCUGACAACAAGGGCAAGAGCAUUGGCACCAUCGCUUCCGAGUUUGGCUACAGCAACCUUGCCCUCAAGGGCAUCGUUCCUCGCAUCAUCAUGAUCGGUACCCUCACCGGCCUCCAGUGGUGGAUCUACGAUACCUUCAAGACCGCCUUUGGCCUCGGUACCUCUGGUGCCUCUCCUGCCAAGAAGAACUAAGCGGGCUUCUUUGUCGUUGUUGUUCAGCGUUGUGGUUGUCCUUUUGUUUUGUCUUGUGGCUGUUUUGCUCGUUGUUGCGUGCUUCUUAUGGCUCCCUGCCGCCGUCGUUGUCUCUCUACUUCCACUUCGAUCUGUCGUGCCCAUGUUUUUGUUUUUGUACUUUGCGUGCACGGCGCGUUUCUGUUGCUUGGGUUCGACACAGUACACCAACUACCAUCAGCA